UCCCUGCUACCUCAGUUCCAAAUUGAUCAUGAGUUCAGGGCUGGGCAUAGCCCUGCUGUCUCUGGUCCUAUCAGGGUCCACAGUGGCCUUUGUCCCCAUUGGGGGUGGGGUGUCCAAUCAUGUCAGCAUUACAGGAGCGGCUAUAUUGAAAAAAGUGACAGAGACAUGUCAGGCGGUGGCUGAGGCGGCUCAUCAUGAGUUCAAACCCACGGGUUCGUCUCCUGAAGAGCUGGUCCAGGCCUGUCUAGGUCCCACAGCAACAGGACUAGUGUCCGGUGCCAAGUUUCAUUCUGCCCUCCAAGAGAUCUACAACCAGAACGGACUGGUAGACCGCAACUUCAUUAACAGUGCUCCACACCACUUCAACUCAGAGGCCUUUCUGGAGGGACGUGGCCUAAUCACUGAGGGUAUGGCGGCCAUAAAGGCUAACAUUCGCAAGCAGAACUUCCAGGCUGCUAGGGAAACACUGGGCAGAGUCCUUCAUACACUACAGGACUUCUACAGCCACAGUAACUGGGUGGAGCUAGGAUACAAAGAGCCAUACAUCAACCUCAUACGCCCAGACCUUCCUCUGGAAGACCUGGCAGAUGUCAACACUCCCACCUGUAAGGACUGUACCAGUGGAACAUGCACCAAUUCCAUCCUCCCCAGCAUCCUGCAGGAGAGGAAACUCACAUCAGGCUACAUGGGAAUCUUCUCUGCUGCAAAGCCCAAAGGUAAAUGCAGCCAUGGCGGUGCAACUGACCUGACUAGCACAACAGUUCCUCGUGGAGGCAUCAGCAAAGAUGAGCGCCACUCGGACAACGUGGCCCUCCACAAUGUUGCUGUAAAUGUAGCCACAGAGGCCAGCCUCCAGCUGCUGCAGGACAUCCGGUUAACUGCCGGGGACAACGAAUUUUUGAGAAUGAUGGGGAUCGCUCGCUCAUCUGUCGUGUGCUUUGUUAUUGACACCACUGGCAGUAUGUCAGAUGACAUUGCUGAAGCCAGGGCGAUUGUUAACGAAAUCAUUGACAGCAAAAAAGGAACACAGGACGAGCCAUCUGAGUACAUUCUGGUGCCUUUCAAUGAUCCUGAGUUUGGACCACCAAUCAGGACAACAGACCCUAAUAAGAUGAAAGAAGAAGUGGCUAAGCUUACAGCCACGGGAGGUGGUGAUGUCCCUGAGAUGUGCCUGUCUGGACUUCAGUUGGCUCUGACCAAUGCCCCUGCCUCCUCCUACAUCUAUGUUUUCACUGAUGCUACAGCCAAAGACAUCGCCCUCAAGGACACUAUUGUUGCUCUCAUCAGGAGCUCCAAGUCGACGGUGUCAUUCUUUAUGACGAGCAGUGGUAGGCGCCGGCGUUCCCUCAGAGCCGCUUCCUUUGAAGACUACACUGAGCUGGCGUUGGCCUCUGGAGGCCAGGCCAUCACGGUGUCUAAGGCACAGUUGCCUGAGGCCACAGAUGUCAUCCUUGACACCUCCACUUCAGCUCUGGUGACAGUUCUUCAACGAGCAAGGAACCCUGGGAAGCAGGAGACCUUCCCCUUCAUGUUGGAUGAAUCUCUAAAGAAUAUCACCAUCUACAUCACAGGAACAUCCAUUGGCUUUACACUAACCAACCCUGCAGGCGUGAGCCAGAGCAGCAAUGAAGCCACCGGUAAACUGGGGACCAUAAAGACAGUGGGCAACCUGAGGAGAAUCCGUUUUAACGCUGACAUACAGACAGGAACCUGGCAGAUCAACAUCAACUCCAACCAACCAUACACACUUAAAGUCACAGGCCAGAGUACUAUUACCUUCAUCUAUGAGUUUGUCGAAAGAUUCGGCGGACCUCACCCAGGUUAUGCAGUACUCAGUGGGCGUCCACAAGCAGGCCAGCCAGCCACUCUGAUGCUCUCAGUAAUGGGUCGGAAAGGGCCGUCCUCGAUGACCAUAGGGAAUGUUGCCCUAGUAACUGUGUCUGGUCCUGAGACUGUUAGAAAUAGCACAACAACUGACAUGGGCAACGGAGAAAUCCUGGCGACUGUUGAUGUAGUCCCUGAGGGGGAGUUUGUGGUCUCUCUGAAAGGUACUGACAAGGAGUCAAGCAGCGAAUUUCAAAGGCAGUCCACCACCCAGAUGUCCAUCUCCAAAGUGAAUAUCCAGGCCGUGGUAGACAGCAGUGUGGAGCCAGGAAAAGCCUUCAAGCUCCCCUUCAGUGUCAUGACCCAGGGCUCUGGUGGUCAAUACUCCAUCAGCGCCAGAAAUGACAGAAACGUUCCAAUGAACUACCCAUCCAGUCUCACCCUGAUAACUGGACAGUAUGCUAACGCUACUAUUACCAUUACACCACCUGCCGACACGUCAUCAGGCACUGAUGUCACUCUGACUCUGGAUGCCAAGUCGUCCAGUGGCGUUGACUCCAAUUACGUCGUUUUGAGAUUCUCUGUUGUUUCCAAGAUUACAGAUUUUGUUCAGCCUUUGUGUGAAGUGGUCAAUGUGCAGGCUGAUGAAUGCCCUCAAGACGUGUCUCAGUGUGGACCUUUCCAGUGGGAGUUUGCGGCCACCCUUAGCGACGGAAACGGCACGGGGAUAGAGAGCAUUUCCCUGCGCCAGGGCAGUGGAAACCUCACAACGACCUCCCUGAGUGAUCCCAUCAUUCAGGCCAACUACACAGCCUCCUGCUGCUCUCAGAUAGUUGAGUUCGUAGCUGUAGAUAAAGUUGGAAAUGUGGGAAAGUGCCAUCAUUCCAUUGUAAGGUCUGCUGGAUCUCCUGCUUUAACUCUAUCGCUUCCACUGUGCUUGUGUCUGCUGGUAUCUGCCUUUGUAACAAGAUUUUAAAAGCCUUAGGUUAGAUUGCCCACUAUCUUAUGUCUCAGGUAUCGGAUAAACCGCUUACCACUCUAAAUUGAUUAAAAUAAACGUUCUACUGAUGAUGGUCAUCUAAUGCUCCGAUAUCCUGCUUGAAUAGAAUGUGAGCACUGAUUAGGCAAGUGAUGAUGAAUGUAUACUGAAGAUCUGACAUUUAGUAAUUAUGAAAAAAAAACAAAGUUGUAUUGCAUGGUUUUUAACGUGUCAGUUUUGCUGACAAAAAUCUUGUUUGGUGCUGAUAAUCUGAGAAUGAAGCAAGCAAAAUAUCCCUAAACUCAUUCACCAGGACAAAUAAGCAUGUCAAGUAAAUUCUCUUCUAAGGACACAUUUUAAACUUGUAUGUAAUAAACAUUUCAUUUGUU